AUGCCUGUUUGGAAAGAGGGGAACUCAAGUGUUGGCGCGUGCGCACGGUCGCCGCCCGCCGCCUGGAACGGGACUGGGCACGGGAGGAAGAGGCUGGGUGGUAAACAGGAAGUGGGCGCUCAGAGCUCGGGGGCGGCGCUCAGAAAACAUUUGGAGAAAAUGACCCAUUGGUUUCAUAGGAACCCAUUAAAAGCCACAGCUCCUGUGUCUUUUAAUUACUAUGGUGUAGUCACUGGCCCUUCUGCUUCAAAAAUAUGCAAUGACUUGAGGUCAUCCAGGGCACGACUCCUUGAACUGUUCACUGAUUUGAGCUGUAAUCCAGAAAUGAUGAAGAAUGCAGCAGAUUCAUAUUUCUCACUUUUACAAGGUUUCAUAAAUUCUUUGGAUGAAUCUACCCAAGAAAGCAAGUUACGAUAUAUUCAAAAUUUCAAGUGGACUGAUACAUUGCAAGGACAGGUUCCAAGUGCCCAGCAGGAUGCUGUUUUUGAAUUAAUUUCCAUGGGAUUUAAUGUAGCUUUAUGGCAUACCAAAUAUGCUUCAAGACUGGCUGGAAAAGAAAAUAUAACAGAAGAUGAAGCAAAAGAAGUUCAUCGAAGCCUAAAGAUUGCAGCUGGGAUUUUUAAACAUUUAAAGGAAAGUCAUAUCCCAAAACUCAUUACACCUGCAGAAAAAGGAAGAGAUUUAGAGUCACGACUCAUAGAAGCAUAUGUUAUUCAAUGUCAGGCUGAAGCUCAAGAAGUAACAAUUGCCCGAGCAAUUGAACUAAAACAUGCUCCUGGACUAAUUGCUGCACUGGCGUAUGAAACAGCCAAUUUCUAUCAAAAAGCUGAUCAUACUUUAUCCAGUUUGGAGCCUGCAUAUUCUGCCAAAUGGAGAAAAUAUCUUCACUUGAAGAUGUGUUUCUACACAGCUUAUGCUUACUGUUACCAUGGUGAGACUUUAUUGGCUAGUGAUAAAUGCGGUGAAGCAAUCAGGUCUCUCCAAGAAGCAGAAAAAUUGUAUGCAAAGGCAGAAGCACUGUGUAAAGAAUAUGGAGAAACCAAAGGACCUGGACCAACAGUCAAACCUUCAGGACAUCUAUUCUUUAGGAAACUUGGAAACCUUGUGAAGAACACCCUAGAAAAAUGUCAGAGAGAAAAUGGAUUUAUUUACUUUCAAAAAAUCCCAACAGAAGCCCCACAGCUGGAACUCAAAGCAAAUUAUGGUCUCGUAGAGCCUAUACCUUUCGAAUUUCCUCCUACAAGCGCUCAGUGGACACCAGAAACAUUGGCUGCAUUUGAUCUCACCAAAAGACCCAAGGAUGACAGUACUAAACCCAAACCAGAAGAAGAAGUGAAACCUGUGAAAGAACCAGACAUCAAACCUCAAAAGGACACUGGGUGCUACAUCUCCUAAAAUACUCCUAAAAUACAAUUUGCACUUAGAAUUUCUCUAGCAGUAGAUAAGAUAAACCACAGAAUUUCAGUUCUUAUUUCUCAAAAUGAUUUCUCUGAAGCUUGUAGAAUAACUAUUACAUUCAGAGGGUUAUCUGCCUUCAGCUUAGUUGUUCUUGAUUUUUAAUACAGUGGAGAUGUUUCUUGCUUUGUUUUCAGACUCCUUUUUAAUCAGGACAACAUUUGAAAGAUUUUAUUGUGCCUCUAAAGGGUAUAUUUGGGGAUUGGGUCUUUUUGUUAAACUCUGGAUAGUAGUAAGUUUCAGGUCAGUAUAGGCCCAAAUCAUGUGGUUUCAGGUAAGUUUUUGUUUUUUCUUUUCUUUUCUUUUUUUUUUUUUUUUUUGAGGCGGAGUCUCCCUCUGUUGCCCAGGCUGGAGUGCAGUGGCACGAUCUCGGCUCACUGCAACCCUCCACCUCCUGGAUUAAAGUGAUUCUCCUGCCUUAGCCUCCCGAGUAACUGGGAUUACAGGCACGCACCACUACACCCAGAUAAUUUUUGUAUUUUUAGUAGAGACGUGAUUUCACCAUGUUGGCCAGGCUGGUCUUGAACUCCUGACCUCAGCUGAUCUGCCCACCUUGGCCUCCCAAAGUGCUGGGAUUACAGGCGUGAGCCACUGCACCUGGCCUCAGGUAUGUUUUUCUAUCUACACACAAAAAAUUUAUUUUCCUUCCUCUUAUUUGAUAUCAGAAGAAUGACAGGAAUCAGUUUUUAACAGAGAUAGUUUUUCCAUUUCUCUAUUGUGUUAAUCAGAGCACAGGCUUACAUUCUCAGUCAUUUAUCUUUUCUGGUGGAGAAUAAAAAGUCACUUACAGUUAAAGAUCAGAAAAUUAUCACACCAAAUCCUUUACAUAUGUUAGAACCAAUAAUUUACUCAAAAAUCAGUUUUUAUAGGUAUGUUGGCACCUUAUCCAAGAACUUAUCCCUGUUCCAGUACCCCUGUGCUUCAUUCAGUAUCAGUAACCCUGCAAUGAUUUUUACAAAUAUCUUUUUCUAGUGGAUUUUUUACUUAGAGGAAAGAACUUUGUAAUAGCUCUUAAUGUUUAUAUAUAAGAGAAGACAGAAUGGAAAAUGUUUUUUGAAUCAAAUAUUGCAUGAUGUAAAGAAAAAACUUUAAACUUAAAUGAGUAGGAUGUCCUGAAUUACACUGGUAACUCUCUACUUCUUUAUUAAAGAAGUUAUAGUAAGAUGCCUUUGUUACCUGAUUUCAGUGUACAUUGUUUUUAUGUGGUUUUCUGAUAAUGUCCUGUCAGAAUUGUAUUGGCUUAGGCCAAAGGCCAUAGCAAAAACAUAGAGAACAAAUAUAGAUACAAUAUGAUCUUAAAAAUAGAUUGUAACAUUUUAAACAAUUAGUUUAGUAAUUUGGGAAAUAGUGGAUGCAUAAUACUUUAACAGAAGUCACACAUCUGUAGGUUUAUCUUUUGAUUAUUCUGCUGAAGCAUUAGAUAAUUUUUCUAUUAUAAGUGACAGAUUGACUCAAUAUAAAUAAGUAGCGUACACUAAAAGCUUACUAUGUGCCAGAUACUGUGCUGGACACUUACAUAGAUAAGCCAUUGAAUCCACACAGCAGCCCUGUGAGAAAUAAGUAAAAUCUGCAUAAAGUGUUGAAAUAGGAAUAUACAUUUCAUUAUGAAAAAUGAAUAGAUUAUGCCUAUCUGAAUCAAUAUUGCAUUCAAAUAAGUGAUUACUUAAAUCAUAUAUCAUAGUUUACACUCCUUAAAAAAGGUACAUAAAUUCAGUGAGGUUUUUUUCUUAACAUACAGAAGUAGUAAAUACUGCUUGCAGUAUAAUAUUAAUAAUGGAAGCUGCAGUUUCCAGAAUAAGUGGAGUAAUAACUAAACAGACAUUUAAUUUUAUUUCAGUAUCUAUGGAAAAAACACUUUAUUAAAUCUCCGUGUAUUUUAUGUUGUCUUUAUUACAGAAUCACUUGUCUGUCUGUUGUGUGCCACUUACUGACAGAACUGUAAACAGUACUUGAUGCCAGCUCUUUACUCUCUGGCUGUGGGACCUAUUUCUCUUAGGUACUUGUGCUUAUUAAUAAUCUACUUACUAAAUUUUCACAUUGACAUUUUUGGGGAUGAUACUACCAUAUAUGAAAUGGAAAAUGUAAUAUGCUCAGUGCUUCUGUAAAAUGCAGCAAUACUGGUAUUACUUUAUGUCAGUAGGCAUCUUUGACAUGAGCAUAUAAAUAUUUUGUUGACUCAGCAAAGGUGACACUUUGUGACUAAAGUAUCCCAUUAUAUAUAAUGUUUUUUGAAAUGUUGUUGGAAAUUUUGGGGAAUUAUCAAAUGUAUAAAAGUUGCAUGAAGGUUAUAGAGAGGUGUAACUGUUAACUAUUACAUGGAUUUCAUACUAGGCAGUGACAACUAACAUGUUACUUCAGCUAAAAGUAUAUAAUGGGUUGUCUUUUUAUUUAUGAAAAUAAAAGUAAUUUUACUUACAA